AUGUCAAGGCCUCCCCUUCCGGCGAGUGAUGGGAAAGGCCUGAGCAACAAGGCGAUCCCCACCGCUCAAACGACGACAGGUGGUGUCGUCCGAACCGGCCUAGCACCGACUUCCUCGAUUCCCCAUCACCCUCCUGCUAUUGUGGGCGCUCCAACUGGCCCGUCUGCUUCCAAGGGCGACGUCCCGCCACCUGCAGACCGCCGCACUCUUGAGGUCCCGCCCGCCGCCAAGAACGGCGUGCCUGCUCCUGCGGCUGGCCGUGCUGAGAAACACCCAGCUCCCACCAAGGUGGUCACGGCGGCGAAUGCGCUCAAGGCCCAACUGAAGCUUCUUGCGAGUCGCAAGGCUUUGCAGCAACCUCCCAUCGUCGAUGCUGGGGUUGCCAAAGCAACAGGUCCUUCGGGCAGCCCCACCGUCGUCGUCGCAUCGUCAAGUGCAGCAGCUUCACGAGUUGUGCUUGGUGUCGCUGACCGUACUCCAUCGGACCCGAAAUCCGUAUUGCUUCGCGCCCAGUUGGGCGCACAUAGUGCGGCUGCGCCAACCCGACCUCAGCGGGCACUCGCAACUGGCACUACCAAACCGUCGAAAGAGGGGAUUGUUUCCGUACCCACUCUCGUGACAGCUGAUGUCGACGGUGCGGCGGAGAAGGGAGUUCGUGCCGCGCUUGCUACCGCCGGCACCGCUGUAGACAUGGAGACAGACGCGGAUAUCGCUGCCAUCCAGACACACUUGGAUGCAGCCAAACGCACUGAGCAUCCCCCUGCACUGGCCAUCUCAGACACGGCACACGUGGAGCCCUUGGCGACUCCUUCCGGUGGUUCAGCGGUGCCAUCAACCACUACGGGCGGUGUCGGCAAGGGAAACCCCGUCCUCCUGGACGAGCUCACCGGCUUGGAGGAAACCACGAUGGAAGAAUGGAAGAAGGUGUGGGACGAGGUCACUGCAAGCGCGGCGAGGAAGGCAGGGGAGACGGGUGAGAAGACGGAGUUGGCGGCCAAGGCGUUAGCGGCCUCCGCUUGUGCCGUGUGGUACUUCGUCGAGACCGGUGCGUCGGUGCUCGGUGCUGCGGGCAAAGGGAAGGCGGCGGCGAUGGUGGCUGGUGCGAGCGAGAAAACCGCCGAUGUCUUCAAGGAGGUUAUGGAGGCGGUGUUGGACGUCAAGAUCAAGAGGGAGCCAGCCGCAUGCGAGGUUGCCCUCAACGUUGCGCCGGCACUGCAGAGUCACACUCUAGCGAGGGCCUAUCCGGGGGGAGAUGGGGGAGUCGAGGCCGACGUGAUCGAUAGAGCGACGGUAGAGACCACGGCGUUCUGA